AUAUAUGUUUAAAAAGGUAGAUUUAGUUAGGUAUUACCUGAUAUCAGGGUUUGUGUCAAUUAUGAAAAAUAAGAUUAUAUUUGCUAGACACAGAAGAACUGGGUUUUUGAUGGAUGGUCAUGGGCAAUUUCUUUAUUUUGUAGGUCUAUUUUAGAAUCUUAUUCAUGUGAUAGAAGUUUGGUAUCAUUUGAAAGGUUAUCUCUAAUGCCAAAUUCUUUUUCAGUAGGUGUGAUUUAAUCACUUAUUAUGCAACAAAUUUAUGCAUCAACAUUGAAUGCAGCAAUAUGUACUUUGUUAAUUGACAUAAUAUAGUUAAAAAAAUAUUUGUAUUUCAAGCUGACUAAAAAGGUUCUACCUAUAUGUAUUUUUUGUGAGUAUCAAAGAAAUAGUAUGUUAUAUACUAUUUAUUUCCUACCAAUAAUGGAUAAACCAAUUUUAACAUAUCACAAACAUUUUACUUUUGGCAAAGUGAAAAUACUGAGCAUCAGUGUCUCAGUCUUUUAUUUCUGUUUAAAAAAUAAAGCAUCACAUAAUAAUUAUUAUUAUACAAAUGAGCUUUUGUUACAUAGUUAUGGUAGACUCAUUAAAUAGAGAGUGUUUUACAAAUUAAUACUCGUUGAACAGUUUUAGUUCUGCAUGACAUUUGCCCAUUAUUGUUUUCUGCGUUCACGACCACUGUUAAUUUAACAUUCUCAAGCAGCAGGCUUGAAACCCAGCAGUUUGCAAGUUGGAAGAAAAAUAACUUUGAACUGGAAACCCAUUAACAGUAACAGGUAGAACCUGCUAGAUCUGUGGGCUUCGAGUUUUAUGGUACUUUCUAGCUGGGAUCAAUAGCAUGGGAGCAUGUUUCAAUAUGCACUGCACUUUUAUGCAUCACUAACUGAUUUAGCUCUAGAUUUUUUUUUUAAGGUUUUAUAUUUUGCGUUCUGUUCCUGUGAAGUAGGAGGCAAUUUAGAUUUGUUUGGGAGGUGAAAAUUGCUACAAAUCUUGUACAGGCAGCGUUCUUAUCGGCUUCGCCGGAGAGUUAAUUUUGAAAUGCAGCCUCUUAUAGCAGCGUGUGACUGCGAUGCCUAAAUUAGCAGGGGACUCUGUGAGCGGUGAGAUAGAAGGGACAAGCCAUCUCAUUUCGGCUGAUAGUGGUAAUAGUGGGCCGUAACGGCGUAAUUCAAAGUCGUUUCUUUCUCAAGGGAAUUUUAUUCCAUCUGCAGUCCCACAAAAAACACUUUAGUUGGAAGGAAUGAUCUGUGCAAGCCCUCUGCCGAGAAAGUAAGGUGUCAGAAAUGCCUGCUGAUCGGCCACUGGACGUACGAAUGUACAGGUAAACGCAAAUAUGUGUGUCGGCCAUCUCGUACAAAAGAGAUGAUCAAACGGCAGAAACAAAAUGAAGAAAAGCAGAAAUGCAAACUGGUAGCAAAAGUGGCUACUAUUGAUGAGAAAAAACGUAAGAAGAAAGUGUAUGUGAGUGAAGAGUCGAGUUCGUCCGACUCUGAGAGUGACUCUAGUUCCUCCACCGACAGCUGCUCCUCCUCCUCCUCCACAUCCACAUCCAAGUCAUCAUCAUCCUCAUCAUCAUCAUCCAGUUCAUCUACGUCCUCAUCGUCAUCAGAUGAAGAGUCAUCAUCGUCAGAGUCGGAUUGCAGGCAGAAGAAGAAGAAGAGUGCGAAACGAAAGUGCUAAAAGUGUGAAAAUGAAUAUAAAUCUGGUGUCCGAUAUCUAAUAUCUAGUGACCAGGCCAGACUGUGUUCAUAUCAAGAAUGGAGUGAUGCAAUGAAACCAAAAGAAAUUGUGUAAAUAGUCUUUCUAUUGAUGUGUAAAUAGUGACAAAAAUGGUGACAGAAAUCUUGCAUGCUUUUGAUGAAAGGUAAUGUCAUUAAUGGCGGUCUAAAACAAAAAAGUUUGCAUAAUUACAUGAAGUAUUGUUUUUGCCUGAUAGUUUUCUUUAUUGGAACCAUUGGCAAAAUUUGUUGUGGUACAGGUGUGAUGGAUUGGAAUUUGUGGAUCCGAAGGAAUAGAAGACGAGUUUUCAAACUUAAGGAAUCAUGUGGACAACGGAAGUAGCUAUAAAACCUGCUUUCGAUUAGAAGUGAGUGCACCAAUAUGAAACAGCUAAGUUUCACGUUUGCUGGAAACAUUACCUUGGAGUUGAAUAAACAUGUUUUUUUGUGUGUACAGUAGCAAAUUAAAGCUAUUAUUUUGAUAACAUUUGUGCCAGAGCUACUUAGUUAUGUUUUUAAAAUUGUCACCAGACCUCUGAUAAUUGUGAUAAUGAUUGUUUUGCAUAUUUUUAAUUUUCAGAGGUCUUGUCACUGCUGUUGUUGUCCAGAAAUAUACCAACAAAUCAUUCCUAAUUAAUUUUCAGUCUUUCUGUAUAUUCUUAUAUCUGUCAAAAUGCAUAUAAAAUUGGUGGGACUGGGCAGUGAAGAAGUGAGGGGUUUUUUAACACUCGAUAUCACAGUUGUUAUGUCUGAUAUAUAAUUGUAGCGUAUUUUAGUGGUUAGUUAUACCUAUGCAGAAUCUAGUAUGUAUAGAAUACGACAGUUAUUAUAUAAACUACUAAAGCAUUAAGAUACCAGCUAGCUUUUGAGUCAUUUUAAAAAGUACUUAAUGAGAAAUAGUGAGUUGUACAACGAAGACUUAAAAAUGACUUAUUGUUUUCAAAUAUGGUUAGAUAUUCUAUUGCUUAACUGCAAAGUUUAUGCAGGUUAUUUAAGCUGCUUCCAACAUUUUUUAUUUAUUCCAAUAUACUAGGUUUCUCUGGUAACCAUACUUUAUGGUAUUCCUCCAUAAAAGGAGAGUGCAUCGAAAAUGUCUGUGAUUACCUUGUUACUUUAGAUAAUUGAUUGUUAUGACAACUUGUUUACUUUGUAACCUAAGCACUUCGAAGAUUGUUUUUAACUUCUGUAGUCUUGUAGACAUCACACAAGCAUGCUGAUUGCUUGUUAACUUCAUAACAUACUGAUUUUGUGACAUUAGCCCACUUCAGUUUUGACAGCAAACCACGUCAUUUAUAACUAGACCCUUUUUUUUUUAAAUUGUAUUUUAUUUGUGACAGACCACUUCAUUUCAUGUUAGACCACUUCAGUUGUCAUUAGACCCCUUUGACUAAUGUGUAUUAGACCACUUCAUUUGUGACAUUAUAGACUUUGACUUUAAAUCAUAUAAUGCCUGUUAACAUUAGACAACUUACCGUAGUUGUAACAUUAAACCUUUUAAUUUAUUGCUAUUUUUUCUCUCAAUUCUUAAUAAUUGAUUAAGCAACCUGUGAUACAUUAAAAUUAUUACUACUGAAAGUUGUUAAAAGGACAGCCUCUGAAAAUUACACCAGAAGUAAACUAGUUUAGAGUAAACACAGCUGGUGUCAUAUUUACAUGAUGGACAAACUACCGAUUACUAUGGAAAUAAUGCGUAAGCACACAUGUAUGUAUGAAACAAGUUAAAGGUGUUUUGUUAUACAUGAACAGUAUUACAACCAUUUUUCACCUCUGUGUUUUGUGGAAUUGCACAGACGUGUAAAAGGUUCAUACUGUGGUUAUUAAAUAGCAGUGAGUUUGUUUUUGUAUGCACACAAGACUGGCAGUAGCUGCACUGUAAAAUGUAGUCAGUUCUUUGUGUAUGGGACACCAGUCUUAUAAUUAUUUUGCUACACCCUGCUUCUUUUCAUACAUGUUACUUCAUAGAUCACUGACGUUUUCCGUUGUUUAAAAAAAGCUUCAAUUUCUGUCACCCACAUUUUCAACCAUUACUAAAAGAAUUUUGUCUGCAGUAUUACAUACUCUGUUUUGUUUAUGUUUUGUUUGAUUGUUUUGUUACAUUAACAGGGUAGAAUUUUUUAAUCUGGCUUAAAACCAGAAUUCUGAUUACGAGGCUUCUUAUUCUAUAUAUAUAGCAACUAGUCAUUCAUUUAAAGGUGCAUUCUUAAAGUUGCAAGUACCGGGUACUAUUUUUUGUUGUAUUUAUUUGUGAAUCAAUACCACAUAUAAUCAGUACAUCAUUACAUGUAAGUGAAACCGUUCAAAAUUGAAAUAUGCUGUCACUUGGUACAAACUGUGGUUUCCCUUCAUUAAUAGAAAAUUGAAAUAUGCUGUCACUUGGUACAAACUGUGGUUUCCCUUCAUUAAUAGAAAAUUGAAAUAUGCUGUCACUUGGCACAAACUGUGGUUUCCCUUGAUUAAUAGAAAAUUGAAAUAUGCUGUGACUUGGUACAAACUGUGGUUUCCCUUGAUUAAUAGAAAAUCAUUGUGUAUCUGCUGAAAUAGCAGCCAGUUUUUAUUUGUCAAGAUGGAGACAUGAUUCAAAUUCAGAAUGUGACAUAACAUGUUAAAUUGUCAAAGACAUCCUUGAUUUUCCAUUUAUAACUAAUAUAAAUUAUUUAUACAGUCAAAUCCACUUUAUUGCAUAUCGGUUUAUAGCAUAAAUAAGUUAUUUGCAUAUAAUUCGGCUGCACAGAACCAUUUAGCAUUAAAUCAAUACAAAUUAUGCCACACAUUUGAAUAGCUUUGUAAAGAAAAACAUCGGUUAAAUGCAUACGAAAACCAAAACAAUCUAGAAAAUUCCAUUAUAAAAUGUUCCACAAACCUUUAUUAUUUAUACAUGUAUAUAAUUAUAGUAAUUGAAAUUAUUUGGUGGUAAUAUUUUUAUAACCAUGUAAUUCAAAGUAUAGUCUUUAAAAAAACAAAAACAAAAAAAACAACAUUUGUCAUUGUGCAACUGUGAGACUGCUCCUUUUAUAUGAAUUACAUUUGCUUAAUUGCUCAAGUUUGAAAACUUUGUUGUACUUGCUAACCAAUUUGUAAUUCAAGUAAUUUGGAACCAAACAAAUCAUUGUUAAAAUGUGUACCCUGCAUUAAUAUUAACACUUUGUGUGUUGCAGCUACUGUAUAACACAUUUUGGAUAUGCAAGUUGUAUUUUUGUUCACAUUGAUUUAAAUCUCAUGAUUUAAAUAAAUUAUUUCACUGCG